CUUUGCGCGCGAAGACAGAAAAUGGUACAGAAAUUGACAUUUUGCCCUAAGAUGGGUAUUUUUGGCGUUAGUUUGGGCCAUUUCAGAGCAUAAUGAUAGAUGAGAAAGAGUUAAAGAAAUGGCUAGCGAUCGUUGAGAAAUCUUGCUCAUCUAGUGAAGAAUCUGGAGAAAAGCAUGGAGGAGAUUUGUUUGAACACCUAGAUGAACUUGUUGCUUUCCUAUUUGAAUUGAAUGAAUUCGUCUCUCAAAAGAGCACUGCAAGGGCAGUUUUACAACAAAUACCAAGUGUUGGGAAAUUCCUUGGUGCACUUACUCAGAAUUGCAUUGUGCAGAGCUCAGAGAAAGCAGUGAAGCUACUAUUUCAAGUUAUAAUAUCCCUAGCAUCCCAUGAGGGGAUGGAUAGUACAACAAGAAAGAUGAUUGCUUGGGCACAGUCACAAAUCAAGCAAAUGGCCAGUCCUAGUCCAGUAUGUCCUGCAUCUUUCCUCUUGAUUGGACAUUGCAUCGGCAACACUGCAACAGAACUAACACAAACCAUGACAGACAAGUUCGUUCUUUCAAUUUGCCAUGAUCUCAUGAAAGACGAUGGCACCAGAUGGAACCCUUCAAUCAAUGAUUUGAUGCCAAGUUUUAACCACCAUGGUCUUACUUUGCGAAAGYUGUCCGAGAUGUGUCUGCCAAUAAUUACUGAACCUAUUGCAAAACCAUUGGUUGAGUCGUUACUCCUGGCUGGUAAUUCGUGUACUGACGUCAUUUCCAGUACUUCUUGCGACCAUGUUGUCGUUGACGAUUGUCUGUCACCAAAGUUUCUUGAUUUCGUUAGCGAGAUGACGCGACAAACCGAACUAGACGCAAACACAAAAGGUUGUGGCUAUAAAGAGGUGUUGGGGCAAGACGCUCUAGUGGCUCUGUGGCGACGGUAUCAACCAAGUUUUGAAACUCAGGUCCUCGACAUUUUGGAGUUAACUGUUGUGGAUCAUCCGGAAUUAUCCAUACAAAAAGUCAAACAAUUGAUGGUAGCUUGYCAGUUGGCAAAAGCAUGUGUCGAGCAUGUCCAACUUUACGAAACCGCUGUACAGCUAGUAUAUUGUUUUAUGUACAAUGUCCCGAAUAAUCCAAGACUACAAGAUGUUCUUCGAGCAUUCAAAGAAGUUAAGCACACAGACAAAGACUCAAUURCAAGAACAAAUUACGCACAUUAAGAUUUAGUACAGUCGGUUUACCACAGAGGCAAGUCACGUGAUUUUAAUGGACAAGAACCUGAAAGGGUCUCUGAUAGAACUCCAGUAGAACGCAUAUCAACCUCGAUAGACCGACCACUAUAGUAAUGCGGACAUUAUGGCCGAUUGGGAUAGCGCUGUGUACCACUGCGAUUUGUAGUUGUCGAUGUACAUAGUACGAGCAUUUAAAAUAUAGGGAAAGUUAUCCCGUGGGUCCUACCCAAAGAAAUUUGUUGUACAGUUAGCUUGCUGUCUGUCAUUGAAAUUUAACCAGUUUAUUUSUUCGUCAAGAGCUUCYCUCAACCCUCGGGGAGCUGUUGUCCUUCUUGCARAUCGUCGUUAAUGUCACAGCACAAUGUAUCCCUSGUCCUCUGAAACUCAAUUCUCUUCGACUGUCUAUCGAU